AAUUAAUACUUGAGUUGUAUUUAACGAAUCUUUGCCAGAAGUGAGUGUUAAUGUUAACGCAGGUGGUAUUACGUGGUACUUACUUUAUUCAAGGCCCGAUCAUUCGCAAUGCUACUAGACGGUUCAGCGUCCCUCUAAGUCUGUGAUUUGCAGCACGAAAACUCCAAUAAGAGCAAUACACAACAAACGGUUCACCGACGAAAGAAUAGUAAAAUCUAGUCCUGAGAUGGCGAGCGAGAUUGCCGGCAAAGCACAGCUGUCGAAUGCUUCGACGUCGCUACCACAAUCCACUGCAAACAUGCCGUUCGAGCGUAUUAACACCAUCACAAAAUCCGUCCAGGACAACCGUGAUUACCGUGGUUUAAGGCUAUCGAACGGAAUGAAAGUAAUCCUAAUAUCGGACCCCACUACGGACAGAUCGGCAGCCGCACUCUCCGUUGCUGUUGGGCAUCUUAGCGACCCAUUGCAAAUCCCUGGCCUUGCACAUCUUUGCGAGCAUAUGUUAUUUCUUGGCACAGAAAAGUACCCCAAGGAAGACGAAUACACUGCCUUUUUGAAAGUUCAUGGCGGUAGCUCAAAUGCUGCCACAUGUUCCGACAUGACAAAAUAUUACUUUGAUGUGAUUCCCAGCAAGUUGGAAGAUGCACUGGAUCGGUUUUCCCAGUUUUUCAUUGCCCCCCUCUUUAACGAGGAAGUGACGGAGCGUGAAAUUAACGCGGUAAACUCAGAGCACGAAAAAAAUCUAUCACAAGAUGUGUGGCGUGUGAAGCAGGUUAACAAGGCGCUGUGCAAAUCGACACAUCCGUAUAAUCAGUUUGGCACAGGCAAUAAGCAAACCCUUUCCGAGAGUCCCAAGCUGAACAGCAUCAAUGUGCGCAACGAGUUGAUGACGUUCCACAACAAGUGGUAUUCAUCUAAUAUCAUGAGCCUGGCGGUGUUUGGGCAAGAAAGCUUAGACGAUCUGGAAGCGUUGGUGAUAAAAUUCUUUUCCCAGAUUGAAAAUAAGCAAGUAGUUGCUCCCAGAUGGCCAGACAUGCCGUAUGGUGAUGAUCAGCUGAAUACAAAAACCUACAUAAUACCGGUGAAGGAUACAAGAUCGUUGACCAUAUCUUUCCAAAUGGAGGAUUUGGAACAAUAUUAUAAGGCUGGCCCUGAACAUUACGUGAGCCAUCUGAUUGGGCACGAAGGAAAGGGAAGCAUUUUAUCGGAGUUGAAAGCUCGAGGAUGGUGUAACAAGCUAAUCAGCGGCUAUUGUAGUCUGGGCAGGGGAUUUGGAAGCUUUGACGUAAUGGUCGAUUUGACGGAGGACGGAUUCAACCACAUUGACGAUACGGUGAAGCUCAUCUUCCAGUACAUCAAUAUGCUACGUGUAAAAAAACCCCAAAAAUGGAUAUUUGAGGAAUACUGCAAUCUGUGUGAAAUGCUGUUCCGUUUCAAAGAUAAAGAGGGACCAACCACACUUGUGACGAACGUGGUCAGUUCAAUGCAUCUAUUUCCACUGGAGGAUGUGCUUGUCGCGCACUGUUUAAUCACUGAAUGGCGACCGGAUCUGGUCGAGGAUCUCAUCAGUAAAUUGACUCCAGAUAAAGCGAGGCUAAUCAUUGUAGGGCAAAAGUGCGAAUUGUUGGCAAACGCUGAAGAACGUUGGUACGGCACAAAAUACGGCGUGUACAAGAUCGAACCAUCGGUAUUAGAGUACUGGUCCACUCCUGACUUGAACGACAAUCUUAGUUUGCCCGAACCCAAUCCAUUCAUUCCGACAGAUUUUGAAUUGUUACCAAUCGACAGUGGCAUAGAAAACUUUCCGAUCGUUAUACAAGACACGCCCAUUAUUCGCACGUGGUUCAAACAGGAUGUGGAGUUCCUCAAACCAAAGGCGUUGAUGAGUUUCGACUUCAACAGCCCGAUUGUAUACUCGAAUCCACUGAACUGUAAUUUAACCCGGCUUUUUGUGCAAUUGCUAAAAGAUCAUCUGAAUGAAUUUUUAUUCGAGGCAGACCUGGCUGGAUUAGGAUUUGGGGUUAGCAACACAACUUCUGGUAUUAGUCUAUCGAUCGGAGGUUACAGCCACAAGCAAGUCAUUUUAUUGGAAAAGGUGUUGGAUAAUAUGUUCAACUUUAAAAUUGAUCGUCGUAGAUUUGAAAUACUUAAGGAACAAUACAUUCGGGGCCUCAAAAACUAUCAAACAGAACAGCCGUAUCAGCAUGCCAUCUAUUAUCUUGCGUUGCUCCUGACAGAACAAGCAUGGACAAGACAAGAGCUUUUAGAUUCAACCCAGUUGCUUAGCAUAGAGCGGUUACAGUUGUUCCUAGAACAGCUUCUUUCGCAAAUGCACGUCGAAUGUUUCAUUUAUGGAAAUGUAAAUAAGGAGAAAGCUUUACUAAUGACGAAACUAGUGGAAGACAAAAUGAAGUCCACUGAUGCGAAACUGGUUCCUCUUCUUGCUCGGCAGCUUUUACCAAAGCGAGAAUAUAAGCUCGGAACAGGAGAAAGCUUCCUGUUUGAGGCAACGAACGAGUUUCAUAAGAGUUCAUGCAUGGAGCUAUAUUUGCAAUGUGGCCAGCAGGAACCCCAUUCUACUUUUGUCGACAUUUUGUCUCAACUACUGAGCGAAGGAUGCUAUACGCAGCUUCGCACCAAGGAGCAGCUCGGUUAUCUUGUAUUCUGCGGUUCUCGCAAAGCGAAUGGUAUAUGUGGUCUGCGAAUAAUAGUACAGUCUCCUCGACAUCCCUCGUACGUCGAAGAACGUAUUGAAAAUUUUCUCAACAAUACGUUGGAUUACUUGGAAAACAUGGCAGAAUGCGAAUUUAAUCGGCAUAAGGAGGCGUUAGUUGCACUGCUACUUGAGAAGCCGAAGCGAUUGGUCACGCAAUUCAAUAUAUAUUUACAAGAAAUUUCACUGAGACAAUAUCAUUUCAAUCGUGCUCAUGUUGAAGCUGAAAAGCUUCGAACUUUGACAAAGCAACAAGUCAUUGAUUAUUACAAGGAGCAUAUAAUAUUGGGCUCUCCGUCCCGAAGCACUCUCUCGGUUCGCGUAAUAUCCACGGCUAGCGGCGGUGCUGGUAUAAAUACAUCCGAGGAAGAACAACCACCGCCGGAGAUAGAAGAAAACUCUCCGGUUGCUGAGAAUUUCAGAACUACAAAGAAAGACUUUAUAAGAGUAACGGACUUAGCCAGCUUCAAAUCUUCACGUUCACUCUAUCCGUUAGCUCAACCUUACAUGGAGAUAAUGCCAAAAGGAGGACGAUGCAAACUGUAAAUAGUUCCUCCUUUUGUAAAGCAAAUAGUAUUUGUUUACUUCAUCUUAUCGGGCGACUUACGAAACGUAUUGUUUAUGGUUAACAAAGUUACAGAAUCGUAAAACCUCAUUCUACUAGAACAACAGAUCUCUAGAGGAUAUCGGUGGUAAAGCUUAAGUGAAAAUGUUUGCAAGAUUUCUGGUGGGUAAAUGGAAUGUUUAAAUAAGCAACAUCAGCGUUGAUUAGUGUUGACAUGGUUUUAAUCACUGUCGGUGCAAUAUAUUUGUAUAACAACAAA